AUCAUCCACCCCAAUCAUGUCGGGUUCACUCACUCAUGUCCUCUUCGAGGGAUCAUCAGGUUAUGCUCUAUUCACAGUCAACAUGCAAGAAGAAAUCGCUGCAAAGUCAAAACAACUUCAAGAUGCUAUAGCAGAUUACAACAUUUUCUCUCGUAUGGUUCAAUUGGCUUCUUUCCUCCCCUUCACAUCUGCCGCUCAAGCUUUAGAAAACGCCAACGAUAUCUCAGAAGGUGUACUUAACCCUCAUCUUAAAUCUUUAUUGAAUCUGAUCGUCCCAAAUGCUGCUGGGAAGGGAAACAAGAAACAAUCUGGGGUGUUGUUAGGGGUUGCCGAACGUGGAUUAGGUGGGGCCAUUCAAGGAGAACUGGGUAUAUUAUGUGAUACGGGUGAAAGAGCUUUGGAAUUGAUAAGAGGAGUAAGGUUACAUCAAGAGAAGAUGUUAGUGAAAGGGGGGAUGCAAAAGGGAGAUGUGACUAUCGCUCAAUUAGGUUUGGGACAUUCUUAUUCGAGAGGAAAAGUAAAGUUCAACGUCAAUCGAUCAGAUAACAUGAUCAUCCAAGCUAUCGCCCUCUCCGAUCAACUAGAUAAAGACCUCAACACCUUCUCCAUGCGUGCCAGAGAAUGGUACGGUUGGCAUUUCCCCGAACUCUACAAACUCGUUCCCGAAGCACACCAAUAUGCACAGCUCGCUGUUCUGAUCGGAGACCGAGCUUCACUAUCCGAAGCGACUCUUGAAGAGAUGCAAGAAAUUUUAGAUGACGAUGAGGUUCGGGCGAAGAAUGUUUUGGAUGCUGCCAGAGCCAGUAUGGGAAGCGAUAUCUCCGAGAUUGAUCUUAUCAACAUAUCGAAUUUCGCUGAGAGGGUGGUGAAACUUGCAGAGUAUAGGAAGAGUCUGAGGAAGUAUCUGGUGGAGAAGAUGAAUGUGGUCGCACCGAAUUUAUCGGCUCUGAUAGGAGAGACGAUCGCUGCUAGGUUGAUUAGUCAUGCCGGCUCCUUGACAAACCUUGCAAAGUACCCCGCUUCCACCGUUCAAAUUCUCGGUGCCGAAAAGGCUUUAUUCCGCGCUCUCAAGACCAAAGGCAACACGCCCAAAUACGGUCUCAUCUAUCACUCUACAUUCAUCGGCCGUGCUGGCUCAAAACACAAAGGUCGUAUCUCUCGUUUCCUCGCUAACAAAUGUUCCAUCGCCUGUCGGAUAGACUGCUUCUCUGAUGUCCCCACAAACCGAUUCGGCGAGGCUCUGCGGGCACAGGUAGAAGAAAGAUUGAACUUUUUCGAGACCGGUACACCGGUGUCUAAGAAUACCGAAGCUAUUCAGAAAGCUUUGAAAGCCAUCGCAGCCGAUCUGGACGAUGAGGAUGAGGACGAUGAUGAGAUGGACAUUGAUGAUGUGGAGGUGUCAGAGGCCGUGAAACAAGUAGCACGAGACCAGGCUGAAGCUGCUGCGCUCCGAGGGCCAUUAGAUCCCGAGCUGCAAAAGAUCGCAGUGGCCAUUCCUGGAGGCGCUGUCGCUUUGGGUGCUUUGACACCGAAAGAAAAGAAGGAGAAGAAAGAAAAGAAGCGAAAGUCUGAAGUCGGACUGGAGAAUGAGAAGGAGAAGAAAGACAAGAAGGAUAAGGAUAAGAAACGAAAGUCUGAGGAAGUGGACGAGGAUGAAGAGGAACGAAAACGGAGGAAAAAGGAAAAGAAGGAGAAGAAACGGGCUUCAUUAGCUGCAGCAGACGUGUCAGUGGAGAAGGAUAGCAAGAAAGAGAAGAAGAAGAAGCGCAAGUCCGAGGUGGAGUCAUGAGAGAGAGGGGGUCUUCUUCUGACGUGGAGGGGACGUGCUCGUAGUAGAGGUUGAUGUUGUGAUUUCAUGCCAUAUACUUUGACUGUC